GAACAAAUGAUAGUAUUAAUUUGGAAGAGAAGAUUAAAAAAAAAAAAAAAAAAGUGAAUUAGGAAUUAAUAAUAAUUUAUAAUACUCAUUGAGAUACCAAAGCCCAACCAUUAUUUGCUGUGACAUGCGCACAUCAAAAUAGAGAGAAAGCGAAAGCGAAGUGAAAAUCUUUGGAAUCCGUUUUGAACUCGCCGUCAUAACUCAUUCAUUCCACUCCUUCACUCAUCGUUCGUUUCGUCAUCGAUCUCCACCGCUUCAUCAGAUUCUGGGGUUGAAAAUUGAUUUUUUAAUUCAAGUAAAGUAAUGAUUUUUAUUUUGGUUUAUAUGCUCCAUAAUCAAUGAAUCGUUAUUCUCCUAUGGCAUGAUCACCGUUCGUUUUUGCGGUUUUCUCUUCUGGGUUUUUCAGGGUUUCGUAUUUUCUUUUCUGGGUCGGUGUUUUUUUCUUUAAAAUUAAAUAAAAAUCAAUUUUUUAAUUUGGGUUUUUUGGGGGUUUUUUUAACCUUAUUUUUUCGGGGUUUCAUUGAAGUGAUGCUGGACUUCAGGGAAGGUUCCAAUGUGAAAGGGCUACUAUUUCAAUUCUGAGGUUUGGUUUAGGGUUUGGAAUUGAAACAUGGAUGAUAAUUUUGAGCUUGAGGAAGGAGAGGCUUGCUAUUACAAGAAUGAUGAUGAUGACAACAUUGACAUUGAUUCUCUCUCUUACAUUGACGAGAGGAUUCAACAUCUUCUGGGCCAUUUUCAAAAGGACUUUGAAGGUGGUCUUUCUGCUGAGAAUUUGGGUUCAAAAUUUGGUGGCUAUGGUUCCUUUCUACCUACCUAUGAACGCUCUCAUACAAAGACUCCACCAAUAAACCACAAUUCACCACAAUCUCCUAUCAUUCUCCACAAGGAGGCUGAGGCUGCAUCUCAUAACAGAAAAGCACCCUCAAAUAUGGCUCCUUAUGCAAGGAUUGGAAAUACUUCUCAUAGUUCAAAUUCAUUUCAUGAUUUAAGAGCAACUUCAGUAGAUGUCUCAGUGAAGAAAGACGGGGGAAUUUCUUCCAAUAAUGUAGCUGGGAGGUGCACUUUGAAAGAUGAUACUGCAAUUAAGAAAGGAAAUUCAACUGACCAAAGAACGCUGAAGUUUAGACUCAAAAUGAAUUCCAAUAUCUUAGCAAAAAAGACUGCAGAAAUUUACAGUGGUCUUGGGCUUGAUGACUCCCCAUCUUCCUCAAUGGGGAACAGCCCUGUGGAAAGUGAAGGCACACCUCCACCUGUAUCUAAAGUGAAAGCUGAUGAUUCCGCAAUUGCCAUUAUUCAGGCUAUGACUUCCUUUGCGAUCCCUGGAGGUGUCAUAACAUCACCUCUACAUGAAAGUUUACAUUUCUCAAUGAAAAGUGAAAAAGUUGCUGGAGACAGCAGAUAUAUGUCUUCUCGUAAUUGUCAUCUAGAACCUCGUUCCAUGUCUACCGAUGACUCAGAUUCUUUUGUUGCGGACGGGCAUUUGAAGAAGAGGAUAGUGAGAAUAGUGAGACAAAAGGAAAAGAAGUUGGAAGCGAAGCAAAUGAACAGCACCCAUUCUGAGAGUGAUAUGACACUGCAUACAAAGAAAAGGUUGGGAAAUAGGACACCGGAUUGCAAGGAGAAGUCGACACCUCUGUCAAGUUCAAUUUGUGAUGCUGGUGAAACUGCUGACAUCACCGCUAAAGCGUCUAAUAUCUCCAAAAAGUUCCGUGAGAAUGGUGUGCAAGGCAGAAUGGCAUCUGUUGAAGCAUUGAAGGAAGAAUCAUUGGAGUCUAUAUCUGGUCAGGAUUUUAAAAAGAUUGAAAAUCAAAAUGCCGGAAAUCGUUCCAGGAAAAAUGUUUUAGAAGACAAACUGGAAAGUUCCCAAAAGGGUAGUUCUACUGACCCUAAGAAUGAAGACAAGUGUAAUACUGACACGGUUUCAAAAAAUGUUGAGCGUGAUGUAGUCAAGUGUAAGAUAGACAAAAAGUAUGAGACCCCUCAAAGGGUAAAGGUUGUAUCUGAGGGGAAGAACAAGUCCAAAGGUGAUCGAAGUCUUGGAAAACCUGAGGUUGUUGCUAGAAAAGAUAGCUUUGGUGGUACUAAUAAUGCAAUGGAAACUGAUAAAGGGGAUGCUGACUUUGGCAUGGCUAGUAAAAGUAAGAUCAUUAAAACAAAUUCAGUGAAGGAUAAUAAGGUCAGAGGUAGUAGCAAAGGUUCAUUAAAAGAAAAAAAAUCAGAUCAGAAAGUUGAUGGUUUUCCUGGUAAUAGUGCUGUAAAAACUUCCAAGUCCAUCAAUAAUAAUGAAAAGCCUAUCACAUCUGGGGCUAAAUUGAAGGAAAGACCAAGUGGCAAUAAAGUGGUUAACCACUUACUAGCCAGGCCAUGCAAAACUGAUGCUUUGGGUUUAUUUCCUAUGGUGGAAAAUAACCCUGCUCCGGAGAUGAUUCCAUUAGAAGUGGCAGCACCUCAACUUAUUGAGGAAGAUUGGGUAGCUUGCGACAGUUGCCAGAAAUGGCGGCUUCUACCUACUGGUUUAAAACCAGAGCAACUGCCAGAGAAGUGGUUGUGUAGCAUGCUUGAUUGGCUGCCUGGGAUGAAUUCUUGUGACUUCAGUGAGGAUGAGACAACAAAGGCACUGUAUGCUUCAUAUCAAAUGCCGAUUUCUGAGGGUCAAAAUAACAUGCAAACGCAUGCCUCUGAAACUGCAUUUGGGGUGAACUCUGCUGAUGCUUUGCAGUUUGGCCUGAAUCACAAGAAGUCCAGUUCUGAUGUAUUGCUUGAUCGAGGAAAGAAGAAACACGUUCUUAAGGAAAAGAUGAUGUCAGGAAAGAUCAAUGCUCAAGCAUCAGGAAAUAAUAAAAGCUUGAAUGACAUGAAUCAACAUCCUACGGAUUCAAAAUCAAUGAGGAUGAUGAGUUCUAAACAUUCUAGCAGGUUGAUAGAAGAGAAGCAUGUGUCUGAAGAGAGAGAAAAGCAAAUAAGUGGAGGUAACAGAACACAUAUUAAGUUGAAACGUAAGAUGGGUGCUGAUCAAUCUCAUUUGGGAACUCCUAAGAAAUCAAAAACCGAACAUGUUCCCUAUCCUGAUAAACAACCGGAUCCUGGCAUGGGCCUUGGAAAGGUGGUUUUAAAUGCAAGAAACAGUUUACCAACAACAUCUAGCAGGGAUGUGAGAAAGUAUGCUGAGUUUGGUUUACCCGAAGAUGACGAGGACAGCUUACUAGUCCCUGUAAAGAUAGAGGGAGAUCAGGCUGAGGUCUCUUCUGGUGUUCGCUCCUUGGAUAUGAAGAACAGUAAACAUGGCGGUUUAGGAAAGAAACGGAAAUUAAAGGACUGGCCCAAUGAUGAGACUGAGAAGCAUAACAACUCAUACCCUUUGCAUGGUGAUAGGCAAUGUGGUGAAGAGGGAAACACAGGUAAACUUAAGAAGGAAAAUCAGAAUAAAAUUUUGAAAAAAGAGGCAAAGUCAGUAACUGAUGAUGAUGAUGAUGAUAAUUUGAGGAAAGGUGGGACGAGGCGAGUUUCCUUACCAGGCAGUUGGGACCAAGUGACCGUCAAGACAGAAGGAAGAUACGUUGAUGAAGACCGCCAGCCAGUGAAGCGGAGAAAAAGUAUUGCAUCUCAUCAAGCUUUGAACGGUAUUGCUCCAUUGGGCUCUAGAGGACAACUAGCAUUUGCAGCAACUUCAAGCUCUUCAAAGGUUUCAGGCUCUCAUAAAGCUAGAAACAACUUUGAUGACGUGAAAGGUUCUCCUGUGGAGUCUGUUACUUCCUCACCUUUGAGGUCCUCUAACCUAGACAAAUGUGUUUCAGCAGCAAGGAACAUUUCGGUGAAGGAUGAUGCUGUAAAAGUUAGUCUCUCUUCAAAGCGAGGUGCGAUUAAUGGGGAGGGGAAGUUGUCAUUAAAAUUGAAGGGGGACAAGAUUUCAUUUAAUGCACAUCCUGCACCGCACAGGUUAUCUUCAACAGAUAAUCAGGUUAAGGAAGCUAAAGACAAAGUCAGGGUCCAAGCGAAAACUUUUUCUGAAAAUAAGAGUAACCGUUUGCUUGGUAUUCCCGUUGAAGAACAUGGAAAUUGUGCUAAUGGCAUGAAUCACGAGGAGAAAGUAAAUAAGUACAACCAGGACGAACUUUCUGGGAAGAAACCUGACAAGGUUACAUCACUGCACAGCAUGGAAAAGAAUAGAAGGUCUGGUUCUCAGGUUGGUACAGAUAAGAUGAAGGUUUUGGCUUCGGAGAAUUGUUGUUCCAAAAUUGGUGGAAAGCAUGAUCCCGAACUUGACCCUAGUCAUCAUGUAUUUGGUACUGAGACAAGAAAUGAUGCUAAAUACCGUUCUCCUAUGUCUAAAUGUGAGAUUGACAAUAUUAAUCAGAAGAAUGCUUCAAGACACAGGUCAAUUGAAACUGGGAAGCAAACUGAGCCGAAACAAAAAGACUUUGAGAAAUCAUUUAUGAAGAUGGAUACUCAACAUAGUACGGGUACUAGAAAGACUAUCUCCCAGCCGAACGCAACUCAGGAUGUUCAGGAAGAAAACAAAGCGAAUCAUGCAUGCACAGAAUCAAGCUAUAGGAAAUCCAAAGCUCUCGCGUCUGCUGAUGGUGAAACAAAAAGAGAAACAUUAACUGUACCUCGGUAUCAAAAGGGAGAUAUGUCUAAUGAACAUCCACCAGUCCUUGCUGGCAACAGUGGUUUGACCAAGUCAGUGAAAAAUUCUGCUGAUUCUAGUGGCAAAGUCUUAGUUAAUUGUAGUUCUGGAAGUGUUGCACCUGGCCAACAACUCACUGUGUCAAGUCCUGCGAGAACAAAUGCUAACCAAACUGCUGUUGACACCCUGGAAGAAGCCACAAAGCUAAAAGAUAAAGCAGAUAUUUAUAAGAACUCUGGAUUUGAUUUUGAAAGCUAUGUGACCUACUUUGAAGCUGGUUUGAAGUUUCUGCACGGAGCAUCUCUCUUAGAAAGUUGUCACAAUGAGAUUAGGAAGCAUGUGGAGAUGAGUCAAAUGCAAAUUUAUGCCACUGCAGCCAAACUUUUCAAGUCUUGUGCCGAUGGAUACGAAAGUCGACAAGAAAUGGCAGCAGCUGCUUUGGCAUAUAAAUGCAUGGAGGUGGCAUACAUGAGAGUGGUUUACUGCAAACAUUCUAGUACAAAUAGAGAUCGAAAUGAGUUGCAAUCAACUCUUCAAAUGGUUUCUCAAGGCGAAUCUCCGUCAUCUUCCGCAUCUGAUGUUGAUAACUUAAACAAUCAAGUUGCAAUGGAUAAGGCUACUUUGCCCAAGGGUACUAAUGCUCAUGUUGCUGGUAGCCAUGUCAUAUCUGUUCGAACACGUCCGACUUUGGUCAGGCUUCUUGAUUUUACUCAGGAUAUAAAUUGUGCAAUGGAGGCUGCUACAAAAUGUCAGAGCUCUUUUGCCACUGCUAAUGCGAUGAUGGAAGAAACACGGAGUAGGGACUGUAUAACUUCUAUUAGGAGGGUUAUUGAUUUCAGCUUCCAGGAUGUAGAUGAGCUUGUGCGCCUAGUUCGGAAUGCAACAAAUGCCAUAAGUGGUGCUGAUCUUGGUGGUGCGAGAGAUUAACUUGAUCAUCAUGUAUAUAUAAUGUAUUUUUCUGAGUUUUGCUUCUCCACUGAGAUGUCAUUCUAAAAGGAAGAGGAAAUCUGGUAAGUUGGCUGGUUGCUAGUGAUAUGUUACCCUUGUGUACAUUUGUACAAAAAAAAUGUGAUUGCUCAGAAAAUUUUGUAAGGUGAUUUUAAUUAAGGGUUCUUCUUAGUAGGGGCAUAACACACACCCUUAUAUUAUGAGUUAGAAAGAGGGAAGGGAUAAUGCAUUAGAGUUCAGUGCUACAUUCUUUGCUCCACUUAAUUGGAGCCCUAGAAAAAAAAGGAUAGAUUAUGGAGAUGUUAGGCAACAACAUUUUUGAGGGCUUUGAAUACUGAUAUAGUUAUAUUAGGUCCAAUUUUUUUUUUAUGACAAAUUCUUCUGUGGUGAUAUGAUGAUAUCAAAAGUUUUGAAUGAAUAGAAAUCCUUUCAGAAAA